GCAUUUCCGGGAUGUUUUUCUUCUAAUCUGAUUGUUUUUCAUCUCCACAUUUAAUAACAUUUUUAUAAGAAUAGAUAAAAGUUAUGAUUGUUAAAAACCGAAAACUAUUUAUUGCUUUAAUAAUUUUCAAGUUUGAAGUUUCAAGUGUUUUUAAUGUUAGGUUUCAAGCAAUGUUACCAGGUGAGAAAUGGUCGAGAAGAAAGAGGCAGUUGUUACCUUAUGGCAAUGAAGUGAGCAGUAUGGUUUGCCCACGUUUGGAAAGUCCCGCACUAGGCUGGAUGAAUUGCACACAAAGCAGCAGUUUUAGGAGGGUGCGGUGCAUCGGAGGAUGUCUUCCCGGUUAUGCAUUUCUUGGUGGAGGUGAUGAUAGGAUGACUCUGAGAUGUCAAGAUGGAAUUUGGUGGCCGCAAUCCUUUUUUCCACCCUGCCAAUCGAUGUCGCACUGUGAAUUAGAGCACACGGGAAGAAGUAGUUUCAACUGUACACUUGGAUCGAGAGGAACUCGGUGUGACAUCACUUGUAAUGGAUUCUACGAAGGACGCUAUGAGUGCAUCAGGGAGUGGCGUCCACCUCUGCCACGAUGCGUCACAGCAAAUAGUGUGUGGUGUGGUGAACCGGAGAUACUGGGUGGAAGUUUCUUUAAUUGCAGUGUGGGGAUGGAAGGAACACAGUGCGACGUCAUAUGUGAUGGUUUGUACGAAGGUCGAUACCACUGCUUUCCUGGACAGGAAUGGAGGCCAACACUUCCUUCCUGCGUCACAGCGAAUGCCGAUUACUGUGAAGAACCUGAAGUUCCCGAGAAUGGAAGAGUUCUUUUCCGAAAUGGGACUCUUCUUGGAAGUGAAUUGAGAUACGCAUGCGUAGAAGGAUAUGAGAUGAUGGGCGCAGACCGUAUCUCCUGUCUACAAAACGGACAAUGGUCAUCACCACCACCACAGUGCAAUCUUCGAGAAACGAAUGCCGAUUACUGUGAAGAACCUGAAGUUCCCGAGAAUGGAAGAGUUCUUUUCCGAAAUAGGACUCUUCUUGGAAGUGAAUUAAGAUACGUAUGUGUUGAAGGAUAUGAGAUGGUAGGCGCAGACCGUAUCUCCUGUCUACAAAACGGACAAUGGUCAUCACCACCACCACAGUGCAAUCUUCAAGAAACAGGUGCUGACAUGGAGGAAAAAGUAUGCGAGGAUCCUGGCCCCGUAUCGAAUGGCGGCUUCGUGCCUGUCAAUGGCCGCAGAGAAGACUCCUCCUCCUACCGUGAAGGAACGCGACUGAAAUACUCAUGUGAAGCUCCUUACAUUCUUCGAGGGAAUGAAACAAUUACCUGCGAGUCAACAGAACUCUGGUCUUCAGAUCCUCCCACAUGUGUAGAAGAUUGUGGGAGGUCGUAUCAGCGGACAAGGCAGCGCAUCCAUCACGGAAACAAGACAAAACCAGGAGAAUGGCCGUGGACAGUGGCUAUAUCGAGAGAGAACGGGAGCUUGGUAUGUGGUGGAUUACUGGUCAAUCGGCGUACAGUUCUCACAGCUGCGCACUGUCUUUCCACGGGAACGCGAUACGUCCUCCGCUUUGGGAAAUUUUGUCGUGAAAAUAGUGAAGAUGACGACCAAGUCCUCAACUCUAGGAGUACAAGACUCGUCUUGCAUCCGAACUACAAUAACUCCACCUAUGCUUUCGAUAUUGCUUUGAUUAAGUUCUUUCCAAGGAUUCGAUACACACCUAGAAUACAACCCGUCUGCUUACCUACAAAGUCAACUACGACGUUUAACCUUAGACCCAACAAAUACGGAUACGUGACAGGGUGGGGACAGACGGAAACUGAUCUUCCAUCCAAAGAGCUGUUGAUGGCUUACCUACCAGUGCAAUCGGGUGAGAAAUGCAUCCAAUCCUAUGGUGAGAGGAUUCGACCCGGGAUGUUUUGUGCCGGAUUGGAUCUCGGAACCCAAUCGAAAACUGCAUCUGCGUGUACUGGGGACAGUGGUUCGGGACUGGUCUUCUACGACACUCACCAUCGUUACACAGUGGAAGGUAUCGUGAGCUCUGGUAUACCAGGACAGUGCGGAAUGCCUGAAAAGUAUACAAUCUUCACAAGGGUUUCAGAUUAUAUUAUUUGGAUUCGAAGUAACAUUAAAUGAUGUUAUCAUUUCUAUCCAAUAAAGAAUCUAGUUGUCCAGUA